UCUUUAGUUUAAAAAACAAAACCAAUAUUCAAACAUGAAGUUCAUAGUAUGCAUGGUGUUUGUGGUGGCACUGGUGGGUCAACAGCAGACCAACGCCAAGAGCGUGUCCAGUUCUCUGCACCAGUUCGACAAUGAGUUAGGUCAGGCUGCCUCAGAGUUUGGCCAUGAAUUGGGAGACGAGGGAACCCAGUUCGGACACGAGGCCUCCAACAGCGCCAUUAACUUUGGGCACCAAGUAUCCCAGGAAGCGGAACAAGUUGGCAGUGCUGAAAUUGGUUCUCUGGAAAAGCAGGCCCAGUCCUCUUCUUCCUCUAGCUCUUCUUCCUCUUCAGCUGAUUCCCCUUCAUCCACGAAUUCCGCAACUGAUAAGGUCGUUGUCAGUACUGACCAGUCCACCAAUAAGGUUAGCAGCAGUAAGACUACAACCUGCACCUGCGUCGACAGCGUAGAUAACUCUGGAAAGGAUGCCUCUGGCGCUGCCAAGUCUGUUGCUAAGGACGCCUCUGCUGCUGCCAAGUCAGUUGCCAAGGAUGCCACUGGCGCUGCCAAGGAUGCCACUGGAGAUGCCAAGUCUGUUGCCAAGGAUGCCACUGGUGCUGCCAAGUCAGUAGCCAAGGAUGCCACUGGCGCUGCCAAGGAUGCCACUGGAGAUGCCAAGUCUGUUGCCAAGGAUGCCACUGGUGCUGCCAAGUCAGUUGCCAAGGAUGCCACUGGUGCUGCCAAGUCUGUUGCCAAGGAUGCCACUGGCGCUGCCAAGGAUGCCACUGGAGAUGCCAAGUCUGCUGCCAAGGAUGCCACUGGUGCUGCCAAGUCAGUAGCCAAGGAUGCCACUGGAGAUGCCAAGUCUGUUGCAAAGGAUGCCACUGGAGCUGCCAAGUCUGUUGCCAAGGAUGCCACUGGCGGUGCCAAAUCAGUUGCCAAGGAUGCCACAAAUGGUGCAGAUACGAUUGCCAAUAAUGCUAGCAAUGCUGCAGGCACAAUAGCCAAAGAUGCCGCAAAUGGUGCAGAUACAAUUGCCAAAGAUGCCGUAAAUGGUGCAGAUACAAUUGCCAAAGAUGCCGUAAAUGGUGCAGAUACAAUUGCCAAUAAUGCCGCAAAUGCUGCAGGAACAAUUGCUAAUAAUGCCGCAAAUGGUGCAGAUACAAUUGCCAAAGAUGCCGUAAAUGGUGCAGAUACAAUUGCCAUUAAUGCCGCAAAUGCUGCAGGAACAAUUGCCAAUAAUGCCGCAAAUGCUGCAGAUACAAUUGCCAAUAAUGCCGCAGAUGCUGCAGACACAAUUGCCAAUAAUGCAUCCAACUUUGCGCACUCGAUUGCUAGUCUUUUUUAGAUAGCACAAUAAUGAAAUUGUCAUCCAUUUUUGAUCUAUUUAAUCAAAAAUCGUUAUGAGCGUUAUUAAUUCCCUUGCGAUUCAAAAUAUAUUCAAGUACUUGCUC